AUGACAGCCACUCUGCAUCGCGAGACCUACUUUUCCUUCUGGAACAAGUUCUCCAGCAAUGCUGACAUAAAUACGAUGAUGCUGAAUAAUAAUGCUGAUCAGUUGGAGCCCUUUGAUCGUGCUGAUAUCAUCCAGGAUCUCCCCGAUUUCACCGGAAUGAAUGUUGUGGAUGUUGGAGCGGGCAUUGGGUAUGUUUAGGACUAGUUUAUCUCUUGCCAUCUGUUAUAUGGUACUUUACAGUAUCUAUUUUUCCAUUUUCGAGCGAUCUUUCCUCUUAUUACCACAUGAUUUUUUGCCCAUUUCAUAAAUUCCACGUGAUUCUCAGGAAAGCGGAGGCUAUUAAAUUCAAGUAAAUAUUCGCCCUGAUUAUUUUUCCGUUGUUAAAAUUCGUCUCCGUCGUCGACACCCACUAAAAGAGCAAAGAUUAUUCCCUAAAUAUUCCCUUCCAGCCGCUUCACAACCACCUUUGCACAGCGGGCGAAACACGUGGUCUCUUCGGAUUUCAUCGACUCCUUCAUCGAGAAAAACAAAGAGCGAAAUGCUGCCUUCGAGAACAUCACCUACCAAGUCAGCGACGCCUUGGGGCUUCAAGUAGACCCUCAAUCCACCGAUCUGGUCUUUACCAAUUGGCUGUUGAUGUACUUGAAUGAGCAAGAAUGUGUGCGAUUCCUGAUGAAGACUAUGGAAUGGCUAAAGCCCGGAGGGUAUUUGCAUGUGCGAGAGAGUUGCACUGAGCCUUCAACGGGCAAAUCAAAGACGGGGUCCAUGCAUUCGGACAAGAAAGCAAACCCUACUCAUUAUCGAUACUCAAGUGUGUACUUGCAAUUGUUGAAGGAGCUGAGAUGGACCGAUGCCAGAGGAAUGCAAUGGAGAUUCAACGUUCUUUGGGCCAAGUCUGUCCCUACUUAUGUUGAGGUUAGUUGGGUCAAAAAACUGCAAAAAAUGACGUCAUUUGCCAUCUUAAUACAAGCUUUAAAAAAGUUAUCAAAAAUUAUCAAGACAUUUGCAAAAUCAAUUUUCAUCAUUAAAUUUUCAAUUUCAAUCAAUCCGUCAUCGCGACGGAUUUUUUAUGUGAAAAUUCCAAGAUGUUCUUUGAACUUUUGACGUCACAUAAUCAUCAAUUACGGUAAACAAUCCAAUCAAUCACUGUCUAAACAAAGGUCAAAGGCCUUCCGAAGCACAAAUCAAAGAUUCUAAGUGUUACUGUAACAAUAAAAUUAUAAUCUCAGCGAGUUCUUAACUGGCGUCAAGUCCAUUGGCUCUGUGUGAAAGUCCCAGCUCAAGAUGGUGGAAUCAGCAACGAGAAGGCGCUGAUUAGCGCGAUGGGAAGAUGGAAGAUCAUCCAAGAUCAUACUGAAUAUCUGCUGAAUGGAAAGACUUCUUGGGCCACGGAUGUGAUCAACAAUGUGAUCAGCAAGGUCGACUUUGCCAACAACAACCUUCCCCUCUACGUGUACUCUCCCAGGGUUGUGUCGCCAUUUGUUUUUGUGGACUCUCAUAACAUCGCCGCUGUAAGUGAAUACCGUAUUCGAUAUUGCCUACCGUAAUCUUUAAACAAAUAAUAUUUCAAAAUUAAUUUUAUGGUAGACUGACCGGAUUAACAACAUUAAUCGGUAAUUUCUAUUGGUUCUGUUGCAUUAUACCUGAUUUUAGAUGACUGGGCUGAGUGUUUGGGCGGUGGAGACCAACCCCUUGUUCUACCGUCACAUGUUGAAUCGCUGCGUGGAAGCCAAAGAUCGCCGAGUCCAAUAUGGCUGGAAUGCCGAUCUCCAGAGUUCCAUUAAUGACUGGGGAUUGAAGAAGGCCAGAUUUGGAGGUGUCAUCGCUACUGAAUUGUUUAUGGCCAACUCUGAUACCAGUCUUAUGGCUCUUAAGGUUCGUUGAAACACUUUCUCGCGAUUUAUGGGAUUUUUAUUGGUUUUUGAAGAAACCUUUUUUGGCUAAGUGCUGAAUUUUUUGAAUUUCAGGAAAUUCUUGACGACAAUGCCAACAUUUUUACCAUCGAACCGGCUUUGUCCAUCGAGGACUUCAAGGAGAAUGUUGUUGUAAGUUUUUGAUGACUUUAAAAAAAUGAUGAUUUAACAAAAUUUGUGAUCUGUAAUUGAAAUUACAGGUCCCUGAAAACAUGGAGAUGAUCGCGAUCACAGAUGUCUCCGACUACGUUGUGUGUAGAGAGCAGAAGCAGGCGUUCGAUUCGCCUAACCAGCCCUGUUGGUUGCUCGUACACGCCCGUCUUCUCUAG